CGGGAGUCCCGUAUCUUGUGUAUCAACUUCAACCAGGACCAGGGUUGUUUUGCCGUGGGCCACGAAAACGGGUUUCUAGUCUAUAACUCGAACCCCAUUGACCUCCGCGUCAAGCGGAACUUUGCUCAUCAUCAUUCGAACGGCUCCUCAGGGUCUGGUAUCGGCCACAUUACCAUGCUUCAUCGCACCAACUAUUUGGCUCUUGUAGGCGGAGGAAAGAACCCCAAGUUUGCUAACAACAAGUUGAUCAUCUGGGAUGACUUGAAACGCAAGAACUCUCUUAGUCUCGAGUUCAUGAGCCCUGUUCUCAAUGUCCUUCUUUCACGAGUUCGUAUUAUUGUCGUACUCAGAAACCAGGUUCUAGUGUACGGGUUCUCUGCUCCACCUAAAAAAAUAGCUACUUAUGAGACUAUUGAUAACGAAUACGGACUCGCUGAUCUCUCCGUGAACUCCUCUACUGCUUCUAUAACGUCCUCUUCUUCUGGAAGAGACGGAGCAAAGUAUCAAACAUUAGCAUUCCCGGGUCGUUCUGUAGGUCAGAUCCAGUUAGUGGACGUUUCUCCCCAUGGUCAGGAGAAGAACUUGGUCAGUAUAAUCAAAGCACACAAGCUGAAAAUAAGAUGUCUUGCCUUGAAUCGAACCGGAACUCUCAUAGCCAGUGCUUCUGAAACUGGAACUAUUAUCAGAGUCCACUCUACUCACAACACUGCAUUACUAUACGAGUUCAGAAGAGGGCUCGAUCGCGCGAUCAUCACGUCGAUGAAGUUCUCCCAUAAUGACUUGAAGUUGGCUGUUUUGUCCGACAAGAACACUCUUCAUAUUUUCAACAUCGGCAGCGAUACGACUUCUACGAACACUUCAUCUUUAUCAUCAUCUCCUCCUUCUACUUCUGCAUUCAAACUGGGAUCUACUCCUGAACCACAUGUGCACUCCGGGACACCAAUGAAUAGACACCAUUUACUCAAGAACCUUCCCUUGCCAUUACCCAUUCCUAACUACUUUAAAUCCACAUGGUCCUUCUGCUCUGUAAACACCAAUCAAUACCACCAGGACAUGCCCGGAGACUCUGGAAACGACAUAGGCGUCUUGGGCUGGUCUGGAAAUGACAGUGUUAUCAUCAUCUGGAGAAACAAACGUAUCUGGGAAAGAUACGUUAUCAUUGAAAAACUGCAUCCCUCUACAGCAAACACUGCCAUUGACGACUUCGGCAAAUCCAGCAGCGGAAAUACCUCAUCAUGGGAGAUUGUACGGUACAGCUGGAAAAAUCUC